AUGAAAGCAUCAGAUACUAUCAAUACAACGCUACUUGACAACUUAUUCUCUUCGAAAGACGGUGGCAGGAGCCACAAUGGAGCUUCCGAGGAUACGGACCCUGCUGCCCUGGCGAAAGAGGACCCUCUGGCGACUCAAAUAUGGCGCAUGUAUGCGAAGCAACGCGACCAGCUGCCCAAUGCUGCACGCAUGGAAAAUCUCACAUGGCGACUUAUGUCGCUUACUUUGCGCAAGCAGCGCAAUCAGACGACCACAAUGCCGACGCCCACCCCUGUGCCUGCCACUUCCCACACCGAGCAGGACGUGGACGAUGCUACUGAUACGCGUCGUGGACGCGACCAGGCAGUGCGUAAAAUUGAAGCGAGUGCUCUCCCUUUUCCUGUGCACUCGACUGUAAAUGCACGAUGUAUGGGACGUUCUCGCUCCCGCUCUACCAGUAUGGUGAAUGUGGAUGCUGGACGAUCACCACGUAAUACAUCGCAUAGCAGGCAACGUUCUGCAGGGCUCACAUCGGAGCUAUUUGGUAUCUCUGGAGAUGCGAUGGAAGCUGGGUUAAAUCCACAACACCCACCAUUCCUGCUUAAUGAGACUAUGGAUGAAAUUCCUGGCGUAACGCGCGCGCUUGAGUCAAAUAUAGACGUAUUAUCGGCGCUGCCUCCAGACAUGCGUCAAGCCACCUGGGACGUUCAUGCUGAGGGAACGAAGAUCUCCUCUGGGCCGCCCAGUCCGCCCCCCAAUAAGCUGGGGCGUGAGAGCGUCAAGCAGCGUUUGAUUGACGAGUUCACCAUGGCGGCAUACAAGAACUUGUUUGACCAGUCAGAACCCAACGCAUGGCGCGCUGUAUCAGAUCUGGAAGAGCAUGCUCAGGUUGUCAUGGAAAUGAGUGCUAAGCGGGCCAACUACGUCAAUCUGAAUCAGGAUCGCGACGACGUAUUCCUCUCUAACCAUCACGUCCUGGACAGUGUACCGGGUAUUGGCGACUAUGUGGGGCACAAAGCAAAUCAGCAUCCCGAAUAUGGAUUUUUGCCUAGGCUGGUACGCAAGACAUCCUUCGAUCACAAAGUACGUGAACGCAGUGAGUCCCGUGGUCCACGGAACCAUACACCGGCCAUCUCGCAGACGCCUUCAGACGAGUCAUUGCAGCAGUCGCGCAAGCGUUUACGCGAUGCUUCGCCUAUGCCUUUUGGCAUGCGCAUGCCACGUACCGGUGAUCAGCGUGUCGCCUCAGGUUUGUCGCGAGAGUUGCCUCAGAUGUUUUCGCAGAACAUUGUGCAAAGCGUGCCAUCUUUGCCCUUCGAAUUUUCUAUGCCCUCGCCAACGAGUGCAUCGCAUGCGCCGACGAUGCUUGGAAAUGCAACGGCAUCGAUUCAGGCAAAUCACGUUCCACCCCUGAUGCCGCUGUCAACUUCAUACACGACACCGAUAUCACCCGUGGGGACCUCGGCCUCUGCAGCGCCAGUGUCUAAUAUCGACUUGCCACCAGCCGCAUCCAGUGCAUUUUCAGAUUCAGCAGAUGUUUCUCCAUCGAUUUUGCACCUGGAUCCGUCUCAGAUUUUCGCGCAACAAUCAUCGAUGCCGUAUUCCAUGGUUGGCCAUGGUGGUAUACCAACGAAUGCUGCGCCAAGUCAAGCUGAAACGACCCUAUCUUCUCAGCCCGACCUGUUUCAACAAAGUGAUCCGCAAGCUUUUUUCGCCUCUAUUUUCCACACAGCCCAUAUGCUCAACUCGGCGCAAGGAGGCAUUUUGCCUGAAACUGUACAGAACACGUAUUCGUCUCUCUCCAACACGGGUCUCAACCCGUCGUCCCCAUACAUGAACAUGACCUAUGAAUCUCCGGCGACUCAGGACUAUUCAACGGAUGGAAUAUCCCCAUCUCAGUCGUAUGUGCCGUCAUCUUUGGCUGCCAGCGUUUCUACUUCGUCCUCAUUGCCCAGCAACAACACCGACCCCUCACCCUCAACAGUAUGCUUCAACUGUCAAACUACUACCACCCCAUUAUGGAGAAGAGAUCCAGAAGGAAAUGCGCUUUGCAAUGCAUGCGGUCUUUUUCAUCGCUUGCAUGGUGUUAUGCGUCCUUUGUCACUCAAGACAGAUGUCAUCAAGAAGCGCAAUAGGAGUGGUGCAAGUUCGCGCGAUACACAGUCGCGUGCUAGUGGGCGCAACACUGCUAGUGGCCGCAGUUCUGGUGCGAACGAAAAGAAUCCUAGUGCCUUGCCUAAUACUUAG